UUACCACGUUCAAUGAAAACAAAACCAUUCAUAUUCCUAAAAUAGAACAAAAUUACUAGGCUAACAAUAUGGUAGUAUAUACCAUUUACGAGAACCGCAUUUCAUACUAUACACUCUAUUUGAAAGCGAAAAUUUCCAGGAAAUUCGUCUCGUCCUACAGUUACACACCCCCUCGUUCUGCGCAUGCGCGAAAAUGGAAAAUGUGUGUCAGGGUCAUGACCUGAGCUGCAAGGUCGUCGGUGUUUAACUUCAGUCAGAUAGAGUCCCUCAUAGCCGCAGGUUCAGCGUAAUGGAUCUUGGUCUAGGAGUGCAAGCAUGCAGCGUCCAAGCUCUAGAAGACUACGACGCACCUCGCGCUCCGCUCCUCCGUCAGGUGUCCUUGGAUGAGGAGAGGAGGGACGAGUGUCAAGGUCACUGGCGAGGUCCUGACCUUCAAGGCGAGGAGGAAGAGAAGGGUGUCCGGCUGUUCAGGGCCCUGCUGCUGCAGCAUCUGAGGCUUGAGCAGCUGAGGCCGCCGCCUUGCUUUGUUGCCGCUGCGAAGCCUGAUCAGAGGGGCUGGUGGAUGUACUGGCGCGACUGGCGGUCGUUAGAAAGAGCAGCGCGUCGGUUUAGAGAGACGAAGGCGAGGGCGAGGCUCGCGGCCAGGGCAGAGCAUAUCUCCUUGUUGAGCCUCGAUGAGGUCGAGUUUGAAGACAUCAUGCAGGAGUUGUGUCAGGCAUGUGUCCACACAGAACAAAGAGCGCUGGUGGUGCUCGCGUUUCUGUGCGAGGUGUGCGCUCGAGCUGUGAGAGUGGGCGGCUGGUGCAGGGCGGUGGACUGGGCGGCCAAGCAUGUGGCACAGUGCGCCACGCCCUGGGCCAUCAGGCAUGGAGGUUGGAGUACAGUGGUAGAGCGUGCAGGCGGUGCGCGGCGCGACGACACGACACUACUUGCAGGCGCGGCGUUCGCGGCCCUACUGGCAUUCUUAUUGUUUUGCCGCGCGCGCCUGCGCACUUCGCUCUAAACGAACUACCCUCUUUUCUCAAGGGAUUUUGAAAUGCUUAAAGCGAUUGGAUUGAAAGUAUUGAAACCAUCAUAAUUAAUUGGUUGGGAUAUUCAGUAUCCAGUUUGACUGGGUGAGCACUCCAAAUGGAUGAAAGAAGUCUUUGGAAUGAUGGUUAAGAGUGAGGUUUCUGAAAUGGUGAUUGUCAGGCCAGGGUAUGAAAAGGUGUUUUGUAUGAAUGUUUAUAUAAUAUUAAAUCCCCAAGGCUUGGAUACAGGCUGAAUAUUAAAAAUGUUUAUAAAUGUAUUUUUUUUAUAUUCAUUAUGUUGCUGAAAGACUUUUCUGGCGGCUGUUUUUAAAUCCAGCCUCUUUAUUUAAAAAAUAGUCGAAUCAUUUGUGUAGGCCGAUCUCCAGCCUUGUAUAAGAUAUAAUAAAAUAUAUUGAUGUUAAAAUAAGAAACAGCACAAUUAUUUUUGUAUAUUUUGAUUUUGGGAAUAUUAAAAAACACUAUGUGUAAAAAUGUCUUGUACAAAUAACAUUUUGUCCAAUAAAUAAGUGAAUAGUUCUUUUUUAUUGUUUUCUCUUGGGUCUAAGGCUUAAAUAUAACUACUAUGAAGGGGCCUACCGCCAUUUCUUCAAGCCAUACUGUUGUACUUGUGGGAGAGAGAUACCACUACAUGUUUUGUAGUGUGCUAUCUCGCUUUUUUCAGUUUUGCUUUAAGAUUGUGGUAGGCUCCUAAGAUUUUUCUUAUUCUUAUAAGUACCUAUGGAUAUUUUACACGCCUAGAAUAUAUACCAGUAGAUUUUCAUAACAAUAUUUGACUUUAUUAUUUAUUGAACGAUAAAAAUAAUAAAUUGAC